AUGUCUCGACCGCUGUUCUAUGAGACGGCAAAGUGUGUAGCCAUCUACCUUGACCCUAAUUUGAGACUCGAGCUCAACCAAAGAUGUCCGUCAUUCCGAUGCAUUCACGAAGCAGCACAAUCUAUCAGAAUCAGGAAUCUUAAGAUAAAUUCCGCAAGUUUUACUAUAAAUGAGACCACCUACCGACUUGGUGUUCUUCGGAAGUACCUAUUCGAGAACGCUCCGCAAUCGAUAACUGAUGCAAACGCUGAAGGUGGGAUACAAUAUGAUGUGGACAAGUACGGUAUCCCAGUGAUCCCGGAUGGAGCUCAAACUAGGGGAGAAGGACCCGGAAAUGAGGAAAUCCUAAGGAGAUUGAAAGGAGAUGUGUUGAAAAUGGAACGAUGGGGAGGUGAGGGACGCCCAGACUAUGCCAUUGAACUGGAGAAAAGGAAACUUGAAAUCCUGUCAUACGAGAUGAGAAUGGGGAAUCAAUUCCCACCAUUUGAUCAGUUUCUUCACUUAACUGUAACAUCUGACGGUAAUGGUGAAAAACUGGAAAUUUUGAAUUAUAAUCAAACCUUGACGAAGGCUAGAAAUUACUUGCUGAAGAAGAUUCUUUGUGUCCAUGGAAAAGUUAUCAUCGAAAAUAUUGACAUUGAACAAUAUGUUAAUUACUGUACCUCCUUACCCCUAGAUUUUUCCUCAGAUUUUUAUUUUACACCAUGGAAACCGUAUCAACGACAAAUCGUACGUAGUGGGGGCAUAAGAACACUGCUCCAGUAUCCGUUGUCCAUUCAAGCGGAUAAGCUGGAGGUUGGUAGCUUGACAACACCAUUUCGGACCCUUUCGGAAGUCUUGAGCAUUCUCAAUGGUUUUUUAUCAAAGGACGUUUUUCCGGCAAGAAUCAUGAAGAAGCUUUUACCACCAAUCCCUAAUUAUAGGAUGAGAGAAAUACAUAACCGGACAACUGAGUUCUUGUGCAUCAAUGAGGUUUUGCCUUUGAGUGUAUUGCUCUCAAUCACCAACGAUCGUGUUCAUCUGGACUAUUGCAGUUUUGUUGAAGAAGAUUUCGCCGCUCUUGUAAGGAGUCUCAAUGAUGUUAGAAGCCCAGUAGGAACCUAUUAUUCUAUUGGAUUCUUUAACGCUGAAAAGAUUCCCGACUUCUUCAAUGGGUUCGGAGCUCUCCCAGGUGCUCGAAGGGUCCCAGAGACAAGACUGGCACAGCACCGGGAGUCUAUUGUUAUCCCGAUGGUUGACGAUAAGGAGUUGAAUGUGUGUUGUAUGAAUACUGGAGAAGAAGACGAGUGGUAUUGUGGACUAUCGCUGAUCGUGAAAAUUAAAGUUCAAAUGAGAGGGACCACGCAAGUUAAUUGA